CGUCAGCCUAGCUGAAGCGGUCCCUCAACUUCAACACCGCCAUAGGAAAUGUCCACGCUCUCAUACUUAAAAAACUCAGCGUGAAUUGCAUCUUCUACUCCACACUUCCACUUCGCAGUGGUAGAGUCAAAGAACAAUGAACCCGCCACCCGUAUCCAGAGACACACUGAAGACAAAACAGUCGCGAAGAGCACGGAAAACGGUCAUCGAGGACGACAACAACGACGACAACGACGACAACGACGACAACGACAACGACGACAACGACGACAACGACGACAACGACGACAACGACGACAACGACGACAACGACGACAACGACGAGCCUCUAAACGACACGACCAAACCCCUAACACUACACUCCAAAAAACUAGCACGCCUGCACAAGAAACAAUCCCAAAAAUCGCAAAAAGCAGCCGCAAAACCCAAUCUCCAAACCCUACCCCCCGAGAUCCUCUGCGCCAUCCUCACCCACCUCCUCCCAUCCGACAUCCUAACCUACACGCGCGUCUCCAAACACGCCCACGCCCUCACCACCCACCACGCCUCCAGCCUCGCGCGCCAAAUCCUCGAAACCCGCUACCCGAUCCUCACAAAAUGCUUCCCACGCCCCGUCCUCCUCGCCCGAGUCGACCCAACCCUCCACGCCGUCCUCCUCGCCCGCGACGCAUCCGGCACCCUCGACCUCCACAAAACCACCUUCCCCCACAUCGAGCACUACAACCCGCGCCUCAUCUGCAGCUGCACAACCUGCAUCCUCGCCUGGAACAACCUCUGCACCCUCGUCGACCUCGCCCACUGGCGCACCCACUCCCACCUCACCAACAUCCCCCCCUUACUCCCGCGCGGCACGAAUCCCUCAUGGAACAAGACCCUCGUCGCCGCAAACGCGCGCCUCGUGCGCGCCGCACUCUCAUCCCCGCUCCUCUACGCGCUCAUCCUGCAGCGCCACCUCGCGACCAUAAUCUUCAUGAUCCGCGAGCGCGGCGCCGCACUGCGUCCGCCGUACGGGCUGUGCGAGGCCGAUGUCGCGGCUGGCACGGAUGCGUUCUGUGCGCGGCCGGGCAGGCCGUCGUUUGAGUUCCCCUAUGAGCGCGAUCGGUAUUACUCGCUGCAGGCGUAUUUGCCGAAUCGGGCGUGGAAGGCGGAGGCGCGGCAGUGGCGGUAUUGGCCUGCGGAUCAGCAUUUGCGGGAUCUGGAGUGGGUGAGGGGCAUGGAGAGGAGGAGGGUGGAGGCUGUGGUGCGGGAGAGGGCGGAGGAGGAGGAGGAGAAGAAGAAGGAGGAGGAGGAGAGGAGGGUGGGACUGAGGGGGCUUGGUGUGGAUGUGGAUGUGGAUGUGGAUGAUGAGAAGCGUACGACGUGCGACGGGAUAGGGGGCCUUCAAGACGACACGUCUCACGAGCAGACCGCUGUGGCACCAGCAUCUGCGCAUCAUAGUAAUCGUAGUACAGCACCAGACCAGCAGCAGCAGCAGCAACAGGCGGCAGCAACAGCAGCAGCGUCGAUAUUCGGAUGAGCAAAACAACGCUCAAACCACCCCCCCUUAACAUUACAUAACACACCCUACUAGGUUCUUCCUCUGUAUGGGAUAGAACUGAAUGCGAGGAGAAGAUCAAAGAAUCGCGCCGUAGGCUUCAUCUCUCCCAAUCACGACAAUCCACCAUCCACCAGGUAUACAUCCUGCCUUCGUUGAAGAAGAAGAAAAAACCACACUAUGAGCAGAGAAAGCGGAUGC